UCCGGAACCUCUCGUGUGGGGACUCCGUGGUGUCGCAUUCCCUCAGAGCGGGAGACACGCACCCGGAGCUCCGAGCACAGCUCUCAAGGGCUGGCGGCCACGACGGCGUUUGCUCGGGUCCCCGGUGCAGUCCGAGUCUCUGCGACCGCCCGGUGCGCCCGCGAGAGUGCACCUCCCCCGGCACAGCGGAGCCGCGACGACCAGGACCAGGCGGGUCCUGCGCCCGCUACCACCGGCCACCGCGGGCCAACCCGGCUGCGUGCGGCGGAGUUGCAGCGCUUCUUAGCGCACUGAAGCCCCAGAAGACCUCUGCCUUCUGCGAACCGAACACACUGAGUCCUUCCCUGAUUUCAACAGUGGAACACAACUUCAGAGCUGGGAAUUGGAGGACCAAGCCAUCUAGACCCAUGUGAUCUCCUAUGAAGAACUGACCCCACCUGCUGGUCAUCCUAGCCCCUACCAUGGGACCUGCAGAAAGUGCGCUGAGCAGUGGGCAGAUGCAGAUGGUCCUAUGGGGAAGUCUGGCCGCUGUGGCCAUGUUCUUCCUCAUCACCUUCCUCAUCCUUCUGUGCUCCAGUUGCGACAGAGAGAAGCCACGGCAGCAUAGUGGGGACCAUGAGAACCUGAUGAACGUGCCUUCCGACAAGGAGAUGUUCAGCCAUUCGGCGACCAGCCUGACAACAGAUGCCUUGGCUAGCAGCGAACAGAACGGGGUGCUCACCAAUGGUGACGUUCUUUCAGAAGACAGCACGAUGACCUGCAUGCAGCAUUAUGAGGAAGUCCAGACCUCAGCUUCAGAUCUGCUGGACUCCCAGGACAGCACGGGAAAGGCCAAGUGCCACCAGAGCCGGGAGCUGCCCAGGAUCCCGCCUGAGAACACAGUGGAUGUGAUACUCACAGCCCGGGCUGCAGACGCAGAGUCGGCCCCCGGUGUGGAGGGGCCCUACGAGGUGCUCAAGGAUAGCUCCUCCCAGGAAAACAUGGUGGAGGACUGCCUGUAUGAGACAGUGAAGGAAAUCAAGGACGUGGCAGACAAAGGGCAGGGCAAGUCCAAGUCCACCUCUGCCUUGAAGGAGCUUCAAGGGGCCCACGCGCAGGGCAAGGCCGACUUUGCUGAAUAUGCCUCUGUGGACAGAAACAAAAAGUGCCGCCACAGCGCGAACGCAGAGAGCAUUCUAGGAACGUCCAGUGACCUAGAAGAGGAAACCCCACCGCCUGUCCCGGUUAAACUUCUGGAUGAGAAUGCCAACCUUCCAGAGAAGGGAGAGAGAGGGGCAGAAGAGCAAGCUCCAGAAGGGACCAGUGGGCACAGCAAGAGAUUUAGUUCCUUGUCCUACAAGUCUCGGGAAGAAGACCCAACUCUUACAGAAGAGGAGAUCUCAGCAAUGUAUUCCUCCGUGAAUAAACCUGGACAGUCGGCACACAAACAUGGACCAUCUCUGAAAGGGCCAGAAUCUACCUGCCACUCCGUGCAGGGCCCCCCUCAGACGUCGUCAUCUUCCUGUAAUGACCUCUAUGCCACUGUGAAAGACUUCGAGAAAACUCCCAACAGUAUCAGCACACUGCCGCCGGCAAGGAGGCCCAGUGAGGAACCAGAGCCUGACUAUGAAGCCAUACACACUCUAAACAGAGAGGACGAAAAGGUCCCUCUGGAGACCAAUGGCCACCUUGUCCCCAAGGAGAAUGACUACGAGAGCAUUGGGGACUUGCAGCAAUGCAGAGAUGUCACCAGGCUCUAGCAGCUCAAAGAGGCUCUGCUGUGGUGGAGAGGAGGUGUCGCAGUCUCACGCUGCGUUGGUUAACUGAAAUCAAGUGUGGGCUCACAACUGUUUUUCCGAAACAGUAAGGUAUGGACCUGCCUGCCAGGGCAGCUACCCUCCAGGGCUCCCAAGAAACCCAUGGUACCCCUGACCUCCACAUUCCACAGAGGAAGGCGACUUCGGGCUGUGAGGGGGGCGGGGCGGGGGAGAGACCCACCCACCAAUACGGAAAUCCCACCUGCCUGGAAUCCUGCCUGCCCUGGAAGAGCCAGAUUUUCUCCCUCACCCUCCUUCCUCUGCUGCUUCACCCCUGGAAGUCUCCCUUGUGUGCUUCACCCAAGGAUGGUCUCCCACCCGCCUGCACUGAAGAGACACUGGUUCCUGUUAACCCACCCUCUUCCCUGACGAGCCCUGUUAGUCCCUGGGAAUCUGGAUGGGCAGGCUGAGCAGUGUGGGGUGGGGUGGCCUGGAGUCCCUGGGGUCUCUGCUCCUCGUUGGGAUACUGCAUCUGCAGUCUUCACAAGGCACAUGAGGUCAGUUUAGAUAUUUUUUUAAACUUUUAUGUUCAAACCCUUCCCGACAAUGUUUGACUUUUUCAUAACUACUAUGGUACUUCUGCAGUUGUUCAAACCCAGCGUUCUUCCUUCCAAACACAGCCUUAAUGUUUCUGUGUGGAUGGCGGCCAUGGUGUCUAUCCCCAAAGGGCUGCGGGCAUAAAUUUGUGUUUCCAGUGAUCUUUGCUGCCCACACGUAUAACUUUCCUGUAAUCUGAUGGUAAUCUGAGUAAAAUGUAAACAUUUAUUUUAUUAUAUAAAUUUAUAAGAUGUUUUAUGUUUAAUGCCUAAUUUCUAGAAACUGUCAGGAAAUAUAUAUUAACUGUUUGGAUUUUAUGUACAACGGUUUAUACUCUCAUUUUUAAAAAUACCAUAAAGCACAGAAGCUAGAUAAUGA